UCCAAUAGUACUACUAUGGCUUCUUUACACUCAUAUUCUUUCAACAUUCCCACACACAAAAACUUCCGACCAUCAAUAUGGAACAACAAAGGAACCAUAUCAUCAAAUCUCUUCUUUUCAAACAAAUCAUACCAAACAUUUAUUGCAAUCAAAUCUUCAAGUACUAGUACUACUCUUCCAAUUUUAUCUCAAGAAAAAAUCGAAGAAAAAAUCGAAGAAAUUGCCGAUAACAAUCAAGAAUCCCCCGAAGAAAACCCGAAACAACUCGAUGAAAUAUGGAUGGAAAUCCAGGGAUGCAAUAACUGGGAAAAUCUGCUCGAGCCAAUGAACCCACUCCUCCGCCAAGAAAUCAUUCGCUACGGGGAAAUGGCACAAGCGUGCUACGACUCCUUCGAUUUCGACCCGAAUUCAAAAUACUGCGGCACGUGCAAGUACGAGGGGGCCAAUUUCUUCGAGAGGGUCGGGUUAUCGGGUCGGGGUUACACCCUGACCCGAUACCUGUACGCGACCUCCAACAUCAACUUGCCAAACUUCUUCCAGAAGUCGAAGAUAAGCAGCGUCUGGAGCCAGCACGCCAACUGGAUGGGCUACGUGGCGGUAGCCACCGACGAGGCGGAGAUCCGCCGCCUCGGCCGCCGCGACAUCACCGUGGCGUGGCGGGGCACGGUCACGUACCUGGAGUGGAUCCACGACCUCAAGGACAUACUCCACCCGGCCCACUUCCGGGCCGACCCGUCGAUCAAAAUCGAAUCCGGGUUCUUCGAUCUGUACACGUCGAAAGAGUCCAGCUGCGAGUACUGCUCGUUCUCCGCCAGGGAGCAGGUUCUGGCGGAGGUCCGGCGGCUCAUCCACCGUUACAGAGGCGAGAAGCUGAGCAUCACCAUCACAGGGCACAGCCUCGGAGCUGCGCUGGCGUUGCUCAGCGCGUACGAUAUGGCCGAGAUGAAACUGAACCUCACCGGCGACCACGGAGACGACGCCGUUUCGAAGAUCCCCCUGACGGUUUUCUCAUUCGCCGGGCCGCGCGUGGGGAACUUGAAGUUCAAGGAGCGGUGCGAUUAUCUAGGGAUUAAGGUUCUGAGAGUAGUCAACGCCCACGACAAAGUCCCGAAGAUGCCGGGGAUCAUCACCAACGAGAAGUUCCCGCACCAGAGGUACAUCGAGGACAAGCUCUCCUUCCCGUGGAGCUACGCGCACGUGGGGGUGGAGCUGGCGCUUGACCACACGCGCUCGCCGUUCCUGAAGAAGACCGGCGAUCUGCGAGACGCGCACAAUCUGGAGGCGCACCUCCACCUGCUGGACGGGUACCACGGCAAGGACGGCGAGUUCCGGUCGGCCGGCGGCAGAGAUAUCGCGCUUGUGAACAAGAGCUGCGGGUUCUUGAAGAGUGAGUGUGAGGUGCCGCCGAACUGGUGGCAGGACGAGCAUAAAGGGAUGGUGAGGACCGGCGACGGGCGGUGGGUUCUGCCGGAGAGGCCCAGAGUGGAGUCGCACCCGCCGGACACCGCCCACCACUUUGCGCAAGUGAUCAAAUAUGCUAGGGCUAAAUUGGAAUUGUUUUAGGUUUUCAUAUAUGCAUGUCGAUUCGAUUAUUAUUAAUCUAUAAUUACUAGUUCUUACGUGCAUGUGUUAAUUGAUUUGUUUUUGCUUUUAAUUGUACUUAUCAAACGUACGUCUAGCUCCUAAAAAAGGUUUAUUUGUUUAUUAUUA